ACGCACCUUGAAAUGGGCUCGCCUCCUUCGCGCAGCGACGGACAGAGAGUUAAACCAAUCAGCUCCUAGAUUCGUGGGCAACGUCCAAUAGAUAGGCGGCAGAGGCGGGCCACCAGGCCAGGCCCGGCUAGGCUUCACCGUGGACCUGGCUGCGCUCUGCCUCCGCUGGCAGUGCAGGUGCCGCUGCGCCGGGGCCCGGGAGGCUGCGCGCCGAGCCGAGCGGAGCCAGGGAGGGAUGGAGAGCGGGCCGCCCGGGCUGCAGGAGCACCGGCAAGGGGUGUAGGCGGGCGAGAAGCGGGCGCUGAGGCACGAUAAGAGUGCAGACGCAGGAGCACUUUGCGAUAGGAUGAGGCUCUUGGCUGGCGCGCGGUAGUACUAUGAUUUGGUAUGUGGCCACUUUGAUAGCAAGUGUGAUCAGCACCCGAGGUCUUGCGGCUCAAGGUGCCCACGGCCUGCGAGAGGAACCCGAGUUUGUGACUGCCCGAGCCGGUGAGGGUGUUGUCCUGAGAUGCGACGUAAUCCAUCCAGUGACGGGACAGCCCCCACCCUAUGUUGUAGAGUGGUUCAAGUUUGGGGUCCCCAUCCCUAUCUUCAUCAAGUUUGGCUACUAUCCCCCACAUGUGGACCCUGAGUAUGCAGGCCGGGCCAGUCUUCACGAUAAAGCAUCUCUGCGUCUGGAGCAGGUGCGCUCGGAGGACCAGGGCUGGUACGAAUGCAAAGUCCUCAUGUUGGACCAGCAGUAUGACACAUUCCACAACGGCAGCUGGGUCCAUCUCACCAUUAACGCCCCUCCCACCUUUACAGAAACACCCCCCCAGUACAUUGAGGCCAAGGAAGGGGGAAGUAUUACCAUGACUUGCACUGCUUUUGGGAACCCUAAGCCCAUCGUCACCUGGCUCAAGGAAGGGACCCUCCUCGGUGCUAGUGGGAAGUACCAGGUGAGUGACGGUAGCCUGACAGUGACAUCAGUCAGUCGGGAAGACAGAGGCGCGUAUACCUGCCGAGCAUAUAGCAUCCAGGGUGAGGCUGUGCAUACAACCCAUCUGCUUGUUCAAGGGCCUCCCUUCAUUGUUUCCCCUCCUGAGAACAUCACCGUCAACAUCUCCCAGGAUGCUCUGCUUACCUGCAGGGCAGAGGCGUAUCCCGGCAACCUCACCUACACCUGGUACUGGCAGGAUGAGAACGUCUACUUCCAGAAUGACCUGAAGCUAAGGGUGCGGAUCCUGAUUGAUGGGACACUGAUCAUCUUCCGAGUGAAGCCAGAGGAUGCUGGAAAGUAUACCUGUGUCCCCAGCAACAGCCUGGGGCGCUCCCCCUCUGCCUCAGCAUACCUGACUGUGCAGUACCCAGCCCGUGUCCUCAACAUGCCCCCUGUAAUUUAUGUGCCCGUGGGAAUCCAUGGCUAUAUCCGUUGUCCUGUGGAUGCAGAGCCACCUGCUACUGUGGUGAAGUGGAAUAAGGAUGGCCGGCCACUGCAGGUAGAGAAGAACUUGGGUUGGACCUUGAUGGACGAUGGCUCUAUUCGCAUUGAGGAGGCCACAGAGGAGGCUCUUGGCACUUACACGUGUGUGCCUUACAACACUUUGGGGACCAUGGGCCAGUCUGCCCCCGCACGGCUUGUCCUGAAGGACCCCCCGUAUUUCACGGUGCUACCAGGCUGGGAGUACAGGCAGGAGGCCGGCCGGGAGCUGCUCAUCCCCUGUGCAGCAGCAGGGGACCCCUUCCCUGUCAUCACCUGGAGGAAGGUAGGGAAGCCCAGCAGAAGCAAGCACAAUGCCCUGCCCAGCGGGAGUCUCCAGUUUCGUGCCCUGAGUAAGGAGGACCACGGGGAGUGGGAAUGUGUUGCCACCAAUGUGGUCACAAGCAUCACUGCCAGCACCCACCUCACUGUCAUUGGCACCAGUCCUCACGCCCCAGGCAGUGUCCGGGUCCAGGUCUCCAUGACAACUGCCAAUGUGUCCUGGGAGCCAGGCUAUGAUGGAGGCUACGAGCAGACAUUCUCAGUUUGGUACGGACCUCUGAUGAAGCGGGCUCAGUUUGGGCCCCACGACUGGCUGUCCUUGUCAGUACCACCGGGGCCCAGCUGGUUGCUGGUAGACAGCCUGGAGCCUGAGACUGCAUACCAGUUCAGUGUCUUGGCCCAGAACAGGCUGGGAACCAGCGCCUUCAGUGAGGUGGUCACUGUGAACACUUUAGCAUUCCCUGUUACAACUCCAGAACCUCUGGUGCUGGUGACCCCACCAAGGUGCCUCACAGCCAACCGGACCCAGCAGGGUGUGCUCCUGUCCUGGCUCCCACCUGCCAACCACAGCUUCCCCAUUGACCGAUACAUCAUGGAGUUCCGAGUUGGGGAGCGCUGGGAGAUGCUGGAUGAUGCCAUUCCAGGCACCGAUGGAGACUUUUUUGCCAAGGAUCUGUCACAGGAUACAUGGUAUGAGUUCCGGGUUUUGGCUGUCAUGCAGGAUCUGAUCAGCGAACCCAGCAACAUCGCCGGUGUCUCCAGCACAGACAUCUUCCCACAGCCGGACCUGACCGACGAUGGGCUGGCCCGGCCAGUGUUGGCUGGGAUAGUGGCCACCAUCUGCUUCCUGGCGGCUGCCAUCCUCUUCAGCACUCUGGCCGCCUGCUUUGUCAACAAGCAGCGCAAGCGCAAACUCAAGCGGAAGAAAGAUCCUCCGCUGUCCAUCACUCACUGUAGGAAGAGUCUUGAGUCUCCCUUGUCCUCUGGCAAGGUGAGUCCUGAGAGCAUCCGCACACUCCGUGCCCCAUCUGAAUCCUCUGACGACCAGGGCCAGCCCGCAGCCAAGAGGAUGCUGAGCCCCACGAGGGAGAAAGAGCUGUCCUUGUACAAAAAGACCAAGAGGGCGAUCAGCAGCAGGAAGUAUAGUGUGGCCAAGGCUGAGGCCGAGGCUGAGGCCACCACGCCCAUUGAGCUGAUCAGUCGAGGCCCCGAUGGCCGCUUUGUCAUGGGCCCCUCUGAGAUGGAGCCCCCGGUGAAGGGCCGGCGGAUCGAGGGCUUUCCCUUUGCAGAGGAGACGGACAUGUACCCUGAGUUCCGGCAGUCGGAUGAGGAGAAUGAAGACACCCUGGUGCCCACAUCUGUGGCUGCUCUGAAGCCCCAACUGACCCCUAUGUCUUCCAGCCAGGAAUCUUACCUGCCACCACCAGCAUACAGCCCUCGGUUCCAGCCUCGUGGCCUGGAGGGCCCCAGUGGACUGGGAGGACGACUUCAGGCUACUGGCCAAGCGAGGCCCCCUGCCCCUCGGCCCUUCCACCACGGCCAGUAUUAUGGGUACCUGAGCAGCAGCAGCCCCGGGGAGGUGGAGCCUCCACCCUUCUAUAUGCCAGAAGUGGGCAGCCCCUUGAGCUCAGUCAUGUCUUCCCCACCCCUGCACACCGAGGGGCCUUUCGGCCACCCCACCAUCCCUGAGGAAAAUGGAGAGAACGCUUCCAACAGCACUUUGCCCUUGACUCAGACACCUACAGGAGGGCGCUCCCCUGAGCCCUGGGGCCGGCCAGAAUUUCCCUUUGGGGGACUGGAGACCCCAGCCAUGAUGUUCCCCCAUCAGCUGCACCCCUGUGAUGUGUCCGAGAGUUUGCAGCCCAAGGCCUGCCUGCCCCGAGGACUGCCCCCAACCCCCCUCCAGGUGCCUGCAGCCUAUCCAGGCAUGCUAUCUCUGGAGGCGCCAAAGGGCUGGGUAGGCAAGUCACCCGGCAGGGGCCCCAUUCCGGCGCCCCCUGCGACCAAGUGGCAGGACAGACCUAUGCAACCUCUGGUCAGCCAAGGGCAGCUAAGACAUACCAGCCAAGGUAUGGGGAUACCGGUGUUGCCUUACCCCGAGCCAACUGAGCCCGGGGGGCACGGUGGCCCCAGCACAUUUGGCCUGGACACCCGGUGGUAUGAGCCCCAGCCCCGGCCCCGGCCCAGCCCCCGGCAGGCCCGGCGUGCCGAGCCCAGUUUACAUCAAGUGGUGCUACAGCCCUCCCGGCUCUCACCUCUGACCCAAAGCCCCCUCAGUUCCCGUACUGGCUCCCCUGAACUUGCUGCUCGCGCCCGACCUCGACCAGGCCUACUGCAGCAGGCUGAGAUGUCAGAGAUCACCCUACAGCCGCCAGCCGCUGUCAGCUUCUCUCGCAAGUCCACGCCGUCCACUGGAUCUCCUUCACAGAGCAGCCGCAGUGGGAGCCCCAGCUACAGGCCCACCAUGGGCUUCACUACUCUGGCCACAGGCUACCCUUCUCCUCCACCUGGCCCUGCCCCUCCUGCACCAGGGGACAACUUGGAUGUGUUUGGACAGACGCCUUCCCCUCGCAGAAUGGGGGAGGAGCCACUCCGGCCAGAGCCCCCAACAACCUUACCUAGUUCAGGAAUACUUCCACCUGCAUCCGGGAACGCUGCUGUGCCUGAGAGGCUGGAGGCUCUGAGAUACCAACGGAUAAAGAAGCCCAAAAAGUCAUCCAAGGGCUCUUCGAAGUCAAAGAAACGAUCCGACGGUUCUGCCUCCCAGGCUCAGCAGCUUCCCAACUCUCAGGUUCUGUGGCCCGACGAAGCUGUCUGCCUCCGAAAGAAGAAGAGACACUCUCGUCCUGACCCCUUUGCCCGGCUUUCGGACUUGUACCACCGUCAGCUUCCAGAAGACCAGACGGCGAUCCUCAACAGCGUGGAUCAUGAUGACCCAGGCCACGCUACUCUGCUAUGACUUGACGUCUCUCUAAGUGUCCCCAGGGAGGGGUGCUAGGCUAAGGGGGCAGAGAGGGACCACUGUACAGGGCCUUGUCCUCCUCUGCCCAUCAUGGGAUGACUCAGGCCCUUGUCCUAUGUGUGUUCCCUCCUGCCAGUGGGCCUCUCCCUCACGAUCUCGCUGGCUAGCCUUGCCCACAGGACAGAGGACUGGGGGAAGAGCUUUUACCUGUGGGUCAGUUGGGAGUGUAUGAGGACAGCGAACAUCUGUCUCAACACUGCCUCUCCCACUUCACUAGAUUCUUCUCACCUCUUCAAAUGUCUUAGGAAGUGAAGAAGAGGAAAUCAAUGGCUUUUCCUACUCUGCGUUUGUUUCUGUUUUCCAAGUCCUGGGAGGGGGUUAGAAUUACAUCCUGUCCUCCAAACUCCACAUAUAUAUAGAUAUAGAUACAAAUACACUUGUGUGUAGUUGGUGGGUUUCUCUAUGUGUAUAUAUAUGUACAUUGAAGCAAAGUACUGUUUCUCCCUGUGCUCGGUAAAGGACUGAGGAAGGUACUGAACAGUUGGACUUGGUGAGCAGGGCGGGCUGUGGGCUGGUGGGUGCCCUCAUGUCUGUCUUGGGAGGAGAUCAUUCCAGCUGAAGCAGGAUUCAUGCCUCUCAGCUGACUUCACCAUUGUUCUAACCUUUACCAUCUAGAGCAGAAAUGGGACCUUGCCAUGAUUCCUAGCUCCCUGCUUGCGGGGGUUAGCAACAAGUUACCCCUGAACUAAACCCAAGCCUUUAUUGCCUGCUUGCUGGGUCAGGCUCAAGGCCAGACUGGCAUCUUCCUUUCUUCUGCAGUUUGGCACUCACCAUACAAGUAGUGGUGGUUUAGCCGCAGGGCUGACAGGCAGGCCUGGUGUACAGCCCCGUUCGUGUGGUCAUGCGUCGGUCUCUUCUGGUCCAGCCAGGGCUAGGAGCCCUGCAGUGAAAGGCCCUCCUGUUCAGUAGCCACCUGUGCUGAGCACCAAGCUGCCACAGCUCUAUUUAUACCCAGCUUGGCUCUGAACUCAGAGCACUGCUCCCCCGCGGCCCGUUGGCUCCUCCUUUCCUUUUGUGUCUGCUAAUUCUCCAGAUUGAUUAAUUGCCGUUUGUGGGGGCUGCCUGUGGCUCCUUGGCAUACCCUCCAUGUGCUGCCUGCCCACUCUGCUUUGCUCCGGGGUCCUUCUCCACCCCCUGGACCCAAUCUCCAGUGCAUGGAUGAAGAAGUGAGGGUACCUCAGAUGACUGAGUUCUGGGCUGCUUUUUCCUCACUGCUCCUAUGUGGCGCUGGCUGAGGCACAGGAAUGAUGUUGGAAGGAGCGGUGGGCAGGCACCAGGGCCCUAAUCCUUUCUCUGUACAAAUCCCUGGUUCAAACUGUUAGUGCUUGGAAGUUUUCCUGAUGCCAUUUGUCAAUUCAGAUACUUCUCUCUCUCCUUGAAAGGUUAUGGUGUUGCUCAAGAGUAGAAAAGGUGGAGAGUAGGCCCUCCCUCUCCUUCCCUCCUGCUUUGCCUAAAGUAGUGGUAACUGCCAGCUUCCUGGACGUAUUCCUUCUUGGUGCUGCUGUAUCCGUCUCUCCCCAGCGACCUCAUCGGGCAUUAGCCAUGUCUACUGGAAGGCUUCUGCUGGUUCCACAGAAGCUGCCAGUCACUUGGCCUAGUGACUUUGAUGAGGUCCCAGGGGCUAGGAAACUGACCUUUCUUAGCGCUUCCAUCUUGGGGGAUCCAUUGCAUCCCUGCAGCCAGGCCUUGGUGCUUCCUUCUCUCUCCCAGUGAGCUAGAGACGGACUCCAUACUUGAGGCUUCACCACACAAGUCACACUAGCGCAGCAUUCUUCCAGACAUAUGGGGAAAAGAGGUGCUUAGGGCAGAGUUUCUUUUGCUCUGAGAUUAGGCCAUGUACCUCAGACCAUCCAACUGAUGUGAUUCUCAGAGGUGUUGGAGAGCACUUGACCUUUGGACCUCAACUCUGUCAAAAUAGAAGAGUUGAGUUGGAAGACUCACGUCCUUUUUCAGAAGUGGGCCACUGCUUCUGCCACUGUGCCACAAUGGGGUGCUCACUCAAGUGUCUCCUGGGGCUGUCGGGAACAAAUCUACUUGAAAUACUGGGGUAGUAUUUGGAGGCUCACAGUGGCCUAGACUGUGGUCUUUGCCUGUUCUCUCACAGCACGUGUUUCCUGAACCAUGGAGUAUAAAAGUAGGUUGUUGGGGCUGGUAGACUUUGUACUGAAUUUGGCCAAGUGUUCAGAGGGCCCUCCUGGGAAUUCUGGCCCUGAUACUGUCUGGGCCUUGAGGUUAGAACGGAGGGGAAGUUGAGGUGGAAGACUGCUUCUUUUGGAUGUUGUAUGGCCAAGAGCCAAACCUUGUGGGCUGAGAUGCCUCAGUCCAUGGCUAGGCUUGCAGGCUGGGCUUGCAGGCUGGGCUAACAAAGGUGCUGACUUCUUCCUUCCUCUUCUUGCCUCUGGCAGUGCCCCUUACCUCUGCCUAGCUGACCAAAUGGUAGAAACUGCUUGUGACUGGCCACUGGGUGGCAGCUGUGCUAUUUGUCCCCUGGACCAGAAGGGGCACAAGAUCUAUCCAUUCCAAAGUGGCCUCUGAUACAUUCUUCUUGUGACUUUUCUUGGAGGGAGACCAGCAGCAUUCCUGCACUUUGGGAAACUGUUUCAGUUCUUCCUUUGGUGGCUGCAAAGCAAAUUGGCAGGAUACAGUCCCCAUGGUCAAUGUGAUUAUCGGGGUGUCAUAGGCACACACUCUCAAGUGCUGGAUCUGGGCACAUGUUUGACAGUCUGGUUAGAGGUGUGUGAUGUUGGGGUGUAUCCACUUUUAGGGACCAAUGACCUUUACACUCUGCCCUUGAACUUGGCAGUGACCACUAUGAGCUUCCUGGGGCUUUCACCCUCCUUGCUGUGGGAGAUCAUGUCUUCCAAAGCCUCCCUUUGCAUCUGGUAGCCUUGCAGAAGUAACCCGGUUCAAAAUCUAGUCCUGAACUCAAUGUUUUUCCUACCUUUUCCUUCUGCACCUUGACUGGAAAUGCUAUCUCAGUGUUUAAACCACAAUCCAGAAAGAGAGUUAUGCUGGUUCUCUAAGGGGCCAGAAAGACUGCAAUUUGGGAGAGGGAAGAUGAAAACUAAGAAGUGAACUUCUUUAUUCGGUGGCUGACCAUACAGAGCUUCACUUCAAGGCUCUGAGUGGAAUUCUGUGCAUCCAUGGUCAUUGGUGGCUGUUGGUCCAGCACCUGAUGCUGGUCCCUCUCUAAUGGCCAGCCUAGCUUCUCCCCAGUUUUCUUAGAGGGACUAGGAUAGGAGAGAAGAGGUCCUCAGAGAUUCUUUCUCAGUGGAAAGGGUGUUGGAUUACACAGUAUGAGCAGGAGCAGUACUCCAUCUCCACAGGCUUGGGUUAUGCAUUUGGGGGAGAUUUCAGCAGGGUGGAGUAGAAUAGUUACUUAUUGACAUUUUUUUUCCCAGUGUAUUCUCUCUUGGUUUCUGCACAGUGAUCUAAACUAUUUGAGGUUGAACAGAUUUUAGUUGUUCAUUCUUCUGCCCUUUUUAUACAGAGAGAACUGGGUAAGGUUGAGAUGUGGGAUUCCUUUCUCCCCCCCGCCCCCCCCCCCCGGGGAGGGGGUUGGUACAUGCUAGUUUCAGGGAAGGCAUCCCAGAACGAUAGAGCGUCUUAGUUGCUUCCAAGGAUCUGUAUUUGAGGCUGAGGUGUGUGUAGCUUGAGCCAGUUCUUCUGAUCUUGAUAGCAAAAUCCUUUAGAGGGCUUGGGGUGGGCUGGGAGAAUUGUAGGUAAGGACAUUUUAUUACUAUGUAGAGAACUCUAGGAAUUGAAAAGCUAAUGGCUUGGACUUGCUUUGCUUGCAUGUAAAAGUGCUUUGGGGGGCACUGCAGGACUUGGGGGUAGGAGGAUAGAAUCAAGGGCAGAGAUGGGGGCUAUAGGGAGGUACCAUUAAUGCUUUCUCUGGGAUCCUGAGCAUUUCCACCUAGUGCUCAUUGUCUUGGCCCUACCCUCUCUGCAGUCUCCAAGACAAUGGAGGCUCAGAGUCUUGUGGAUUACCUCUGUCUCUUUGGGAAGGGCCUCAGGAAGAGCCUAAGUCGCUAGUCUGCAUUGGAGACAGUAGUUGAUAGGGCAGGUGUGAUUCAGGAAGAGAAGUUAGAGGGUUGGACCAUGGAGAGAAGGCUUGAUUGUGAUCAGGUAUGUGAGACCGAGAGGGAUAGAGUAUUAAAUCCAUUGUAGAGAGUACAGGAAUCCUGGGAUGACGGGGUUAAAGCCCAAAUAAAGCACCAAGCUUCCACUUCUCUUUAUGGGCACUCUGCUAGCCCAGAUGACAGUGCAGAUGGUUGGGGGCAGGUCCUCACAAGGAAAUGAGUAACUGCCAGGGAGGGUCAUGAGGAGCAGGUACCCCUGAUGUGUGAAGGAUGUAGCCACGGAGACCAGGUUGUGGGCAGGGCCUGGUAAGCAGGCCCAGACUGGAUCUUGGAAGAACUCUUGCCUAAGGCAGGGCUUUUCUGCUUGUAGAACUGGCCUCUGACGCUGAGUGCCGAAUAGAGACUUCUUCAGUGUUUUUUCUGUUUGUGGAUCUUCUCCGGUGAACAUUGGGAGACUGGCGUUCACAUGCCACCAGUAACUGCUUUCCGGUGGGGAGGGAAGGUUAGAUUUAGGAGCUUGGUGCCCAUUCUCCUGGCAGCUGUGUCACACUGUGCUUCUUCUCGUCUGUGUCUGAAAAUGCCCAUUGGACACUGGUGCUGAUGGUGGACAGGAGGUGGGGCCUCCGGACCUGUCAGUCUUUCUUGAGCGGUAGAGAAUUUCUUCAUCCUGGAGACUACACAGUGGCCUGGUGUCUAGAGGUCUUGCCUUCAAUUUCUCUUCCUUUGAUAGGUUACAUUUACCGCACUGUAGCUAAGAGAGUGAAGUAAUUUCAUCUGAAAUCAGAGACCAUCUAUUCUCUACUCCUUAAUGUAUCCAACUUCCUCUUGGAUCAAGAGGAAUAACGGAAAAUUUCUUUAAGAUAAAUCGAUAAACGAGAAUCAAAGCUCUAGUUGGACUCUAGUAACUCUUACCAAUUCAUGCAACUUUGUAUUUGCAUGGAGCUGGCUUGUAACUAUUUCACCUUUGAUGCUGAAUCAGCAUGAGUCCAGAGCCUUAUAUCUGGGCCCCUGUCUGUACUUCCAAAUAAGCCUUUCAGGAACAAAUACACUGUCUACACCAGAUGUUUGGUGUCUUGGAUUGCCAAGAGGGUAGAAUUCUUUUUCAUGACCUCAUUUAAAAUAAUAAUAAGAAUAAAAAUCCCUAAUCAAUUGAGUCUGAUCCAAAGACACUCCCAGAUCAUGGGGAUUCCUGUGUAGAUUAAAAAAUAAAUGCAUUAGCGCAAACCUUUUUAAUGGCUGGCCGUGCCUUAGGAGGGGAGAGUUGGGGUGUCCUAACUGCUAAGUAGUUGGGUAGAUCAGCAGCCAGCCAUUGAAUCACUUGGACAUUCUCUUCUGCAGUGGGUUGGUUGCAGCAGUUAGGGAUUCUGAAGAGCACUGAUGAACAGUGAUCAGCUUUGGACCCCUGGUUAGGGAAUUCAACCAAAGCAUCACAAGGAACUCAGCUCGCAGUCAGGGCCAUGACUACCUUUCCCACCCACCUUAUCUAGACGGCAAGUGAUUGACAGGGCUUGUUCUUCUGAUUCCUGAGGAAAUGGAUCCCACCAAUCCCGUCUCCCACUGGUAUUGGAUUUCCUGGGUCUGUUUCAGGAAGGAGAGCAAGCUCUCCCUCCACCCACGUUCUACCCUUCCAGCUCUGUUUCCUCCUUCUCCCCACUUGUGUGCGGCUCCAGGACCUCUGGCUUGUGCAUGGUCUGCAAUAGGGAGGUGGUUGGGUCGGGGAGAGAAUUGGGGAGGGUGUAGGGGUUGGACUGGGGAAGGGAAUUUGCAUUUUCAACCUUAAAAAUACUGUAAGCAUGUUUUGGGGUGACCCGGGAUUUUCACAUAAACUAUGGUUAGGGAAAAUGCCUGAUGCUCCUCCUAUGGGAGGUGGGGACUUAGGGGGCAUUUGGCUUCUUUUUGGCUUAGGGAUCUAUUUUAUUUGGUAGAGGAGAAUAAGCUUCCUCACAAUCACCCUGCAAACCUUAGAAGGGAAACUCAUUCUAUCCCUGAGUAUAUUGCCUACUGAGAACAAUUAAACAGUCUGUCACAGGUUGUCCUUGCCCUGGCUGGGUUGGAGAAAUGGAAUGAUCACACGUGUUUCUCUGUAGGCAUCAGGUUAUCUUCCUGGUCAUGAACCCCUGGCCAACUGUUUAUUCCAGUGUUCAGAAGUAAGUGUGUUAGAUGGGUGUGAGUAUCUGGGAUGGAUGUGGUGUAUGCAAGGUAUCUGUGUGUGCAGUAUGUGUUUGCAGUAUGGUGUGUGUAGUGUGUGUGUGUGUGUAUGUGUGUGUGUGUGUGUGUGUGUGUGUGUGUGUGUGUGUGUGUGUGUGUGUGUAUUGUAUGGGUAUGGUUUGUAUGUGUAUUUGAUAUGAGUGUGGGUAUGAGGGACUGUAGAGACACCGCUUUGCCUGGGUAGCAUCAGGCCUAGUUAUGGCUGAUUCUUUCUUUGCUAGACAAAUUUCUGUUUUGGUAGGAGGGUCAUACUCGUAAUAUACCAUCUUGAGUGUAUUUUUUAUGGAGAUUGUAUAUAAAAUUAUAUAAAUAUAUAUAACUUGUUCUAUUUUAAGGUGAGAUGAGACUUAUUGGGGGGAGGGGGAGAAUCAGAUGCAAUAGUGCUGACUAACAGUGGGAGCUUCAGGUAAGUUGUCCACAUGGGGAGUGGGAGGAGGGGGUGGGGAAGCCAUGUUAGCCAGGCAGGAGUGGAGGCUCGUGCCCUCGGCACUCAUAUAUAAAUAUAAAGAAAACCUAUAUAAAGCUCUCUAUCUAGCAUAUCUAUAUAUCUAUAUAUCUAUAUAUCUAUAUGAAGUCAUAGUUUGCUUUAUUUUUGUACCUGUGCUUAGAGACACUUUGAGCAGUAUCACCUCCCCCUGGUGGUCCGGGGUGCUAGCUCAUGCCUUGACGCCACCUACUUCUCCAUCCUUCCUGAGACAUGCUGUCUGUUUGGAGCUUCUGGAGUCUUUCCAAUAGAAACGUGUAUAUAUGAAAAAACUCAAGUCAUCUGCAGGAAGGGCAAGAGCGCUGAGCAGGGAGGUUCUGCUAUGUCUCUUGUCUGGAGGGUUCCCUAACUCAUACUAUCUGGUAGAGGUGCUCAGUAUAGAAAGGAUGAUGGAGAGCUAAGCAUGAAUCCAUGCCCCUGUGGCUAAGGGUUGGUACUCAGUUCCUUGAAAACAAUCUAGCUCAGCAUCUUGGACAGAGGGAGGUCAGGUUGUCUGGGUCUUACAGCAAUACCUGUCCUGGUUUGUAACGCCUGGGCUCAAGUAGUCCCCUGUAGAAGGUGGUGAGAUUUUUGAGGCUGACUGCGUGGGCUCAGUUUUGGAGAAGAUACACCCCGGUAAUUAUUGCUGCAGAUUCUUGGAACCAGUGUGAAUGUGAUAUCUAGUAUAAAUAUAGCAUCUGUGCUUUUUCACUUAUUUUUAAUUGGAAAAUAAAUUGUUAUCGGAAAUGGGGUGGGUGGUCUAGUCCUGGAACACUGAAUGGAAGAGCAGGAAUGAGAGACCGAUGCUGGGCAGGACUUGAAGGAUGAAUCCCACUGCUUUCUUCCUCCUACUCAGCCCAGGACUCUGGAACUAAGUAAUGUAUUGGAAGAAUGUGGUGUGGAUGGGAGGAGUUCUUUUGUGUUUGGGUAGGAAGCUGUGUACUCUGAGGAAUACCUCUCUGAGAAUUCGAGACCUCACAUAUGCUGUAAGGGCCACACUUUGCAGCCUUAGCUGGCAUCUCCUGGUGCUAGCUCUUUUUCUCAUGUGCCAAGUGAUCAGAGUGAUAUGCUUGAAACUGCUGCAGAAGCCAGGAGAGACUCAAGGCUGUAGUCUAGGCUUCCUGCUUCUCACUCAAGAAAGAGCCGAAGAAUCCCUCUUCCCAAGCAGAACAUAAUGCUAGCCAAGAGCUCCUACCCCAGAUGGGGGUGAUAGGCAGAGUAGGGUGGAGUGGAGCUUGAAUGGAAUUCCUGAGCUUUAUGGAGACCUUGUGAUUCCCUUCAUGAUCUGCUCAAAAUACUCGAAUUUUUCCAAGGAUAUUGUGGGAAAAUGGGCUCUGUCCAUGUAGUACUGGAUGGACUCCAGCACUGGGUCUAACUGGAAGUGUUAGGUGCAGGUCCUACCUGCAGCCUCCUCAGGAGACCAAAGGAGGAUAAGGCUAAAUUUUCUGUAAAUUUUCUGAGAGAUUGAACAAGAGAAAGAACAGCAAAUUCUUCGUCCCUUCCUAGCUUGAGUCCCCUUCUUACGGAAGAGGGGUUUCCAUUACAAUUUUUUUGGUUCUCUUUGUAUGUAGACUCUGUCUCACUUCUGGUCCUAGAGACCAGCAGAGUUCAUCAUUUUAGCAGCUUAGGGCUCAUACUCCAUGAAGCCCAGGUUUGCUCUGACUCUCUACUCUUUCCACAUUGAGCCAAAGGCUUGGUCCUUAGAAACCUUAGCAGCAUUGAGAUACAUGAAAUCGCCAUCCUAUUUCAUGAUGUCCAACUUGACCCUUCUGUGGAAAUGGGAAGAUGGACAUGUCCCUUACCCUGAAGUUUUAGGGCUUGGGCAGUAUGUUACCUUCGCCCUUUCUAUGACCCAGACCUCAGGAAGAUGGUGUAAGGUGAGCGCUGGAGGAGAAAGGUCUGGUGGCCCAACAUCAGUCACCUAAUCUGCAGAAGAGCCAGCUUUUCACAAGGGAACACAGAGCAAAGAAGGUCAGGGUCUGCUUAUAUAUGGAAAAGGCCAGUUGUCUUAUCUUUGAAUCUCUCAGUUAAUGGGAGGGGUGCUUUGAUAAAGCUGCUGCCAGGACCCUGAACUGUUUUGUAUACUUGUGAUCCAUCUUGGUCCCUAGGUCAUGGGAAGGUUUUUGAACUGUGAAGUUCUUCCCUGUUGGUAGGAGACAGGGGGAGUCUAAAGAGAUUGAGUUUGGCUACCUCUGCUCUAUGGAAUGAGUGUGGAAACCGAUCUGGGAUUUGCUCUCCCAAGGGUUGCUCUAGCUCUGUCCUUUCUCCAUUGUCCUCAACCAGGAGCCUGGGGGAAAGGGGCACAUCCACCACUCCUCAGUUUUUGCCUGGGCCUCACCUUGUGUAAGGUACUCAUGUGGAACCAUUUUGGGCAAUAUGAAAGCAUGAGGUGGGGGGCAGGAUACAGCAGCCCUCCUGUGGGUGAGGGGUGGAUUAUGAUGUUGGAGUAGGAGUUUUUGUCCUGUUGUUGAGGAAGUGACGAGUGCCACCUUCAAGGUCUGAAAGGAGUUGCUCUGUGGAAUGAUCUUGAUGUCGGAAUUUGAGGCUGAGGUGUCACAAAGGGAGCGGUAGACCAAUGCUCUGUUCACCGAGUCCUGUAUAUCACUCACAGAAAGUCUUAAAGCUCCAUUCAGAUUUAAUUUCUUAACUGACAUUUGUGGGGCCGGAGAAUGAGGGCAGGGGUGGGGCAUGCUUUCCCAAGUUACCUGUCCUUGUGUGAUCCCCGACUGAGCAGAUGCUGGCCUGUUUUGGUCAGCCACUCUGGGGCUCCAUUUAUCACCGCCUGUUUCUCUUUCACGAGGAGGGACUAUAUCAUCGUGGACAUACUUCUUCCCUCACUCACCUAAAGGCAAUUUUUGUAUGAAUUCCUUUCCUCCCGUUACCACCCCCCCCAUAGUCUGUAGACACAGAAAUGGGGAGGUGAGGGAUCCUGGAGCUCCCUGCCGGGGUCCCUCAUAGGCUGCACACCUCUUGCACCUGGCAACCUCUUGGCUGUUAGUUUUAACAUAUCUGGACAUGACUAUCAGUUUUGUCAUGAGAUUUCUUGCUCUCAUUUCAAACCUUUACUCUUCCUUUGACUUCCUUUGGGGCUCUUCCCCACCCAUGCCCGGUCUUCUUAUGGAGACCAUUCAGACCUCAUUUCCAUCUCUUGAAUGUUGAGUAUUAUUACAUCACUGCGCUAGGGUGCUUCAUGGUGCUGCUCUGGAAGAGGCCAGCGGGACGAAAUCAGCCACCUUCGUUCCUCUGCUUCCCUAGAUCUUGCUGUAUUUUUGUCUCUAUUAGAUGUUUUUCCCUAGGGGAUUGGGGUGGGAGAUUUAGGGGUAGGUUUUGUGUUCUCUCUCUCUCUCUCUCUCUCUCUCUCUCUCUCUCUCUCUCUCUCUUUCUCCCUCCUCCUCCUCUCCUUCUUUCCACUUUCUCUCUGUAUGUAUGUAUGGAUUGGUUAAAGUCAGUUAUCAUGGGCAGCUGACUUUGGUUCCAAAUUACAGUUAAACCACACAUUGUACAGCUGCACACAGAACACCUUUGAGUGUGAAUUUGGAUGGCAACUAGAGGCAUACUUUUUGAACUUCAGGUAUGUAACUGAAAAGUAAAUAAAAACACUAUUUUUUCAGUAA